GUAAAGUCCAUCACAGGAGGUGCGAGAGAUUCCAGGAAAUACACGUCUUCCCCAAGACAAGCGCUGACUGAUUUUUUUAACAGAACUUGUGAGGAAUGGACCCCCGGCAACAAGGCUCAAAUGACAAUGACUACACUGAAGUCGGCGAUUACUUAUAUUCGUAUGGCCAAGAGUCGCUGAGAUUAAGACGUCCUUCAUCUCAAGGGUCCAAUCGGAACUACCCUCACUUCAAGUGGAACCCGGCAGCCACAGAAGAAGAAGAGGUGGAGGAUGAAGUGGAUGGAUACAGAGAAUCGGGCGAGGAGCCUCGGGAGAUCCAUACCAUCCCUCUGCCCAUGGCGCUGAAAAGGGCUGUGAGGCAGGUACAGGAAAUGCAGGUGCCUGUACUUUCCUCCAGGAUGACAUCUUGGAAACAAAGGAAGCGCAAAACCCUCAAGAAAAUCAAAAACAACACCAGAGAGUUCCUAAACUUAUUUAUGCUUUGGAGGAAGUCUUUGCAACAGAUUGGAGGAAACUUUGGCGGCGGUGUCCAGUCUUAUUUCCUGUUCCUGCGUUUCCUGGUGGUACUCAAUUUUGUCUCUUUUUUACUGAUCGCCGGGUUCGUCUUCAUCCCCAGCGUCGUCUUCAGAUCACUCGACAGCAUCUCUGCCAACAACACUGGGCCCGAGGAAUGCAUGAAAUACGAUCCCAAUCCUCAAGUCUUGGUGGCAUUCUAUUAUUACAUCCUUGACUUCCUUUCGGGAACGGGUUACAUGGAGUCUUCGUACCUGUUUUAUGGCUACUACAACAGCACUCUGGUGGGUGACAACAACUUCUCCUACAACAUCCCGCUGGCCUAUCUCUUCACCGCCGUCUUCUACUUUGCAUUUUGCUUCAUCUGCAUCUUGGCCCGGAUGGGGACAGCAGCUCGAGUUGCCGUGGCGACGGGAGGUGGCGUCGUGGGCAACUACAGCAUGAUCGUGUUCACGGGCUGGGACUACGGGUGCCUGGGAGACCAAGCCACCAAGCUGAAGCAGAGGAACAUCCACUAUCGGCUCCAGGUAGAUUUGGAGGAGCAACUUAUGAAGCAGAAAGCAGCCGCUCUGACCUUCUGUCAAAAAAUAAUCUUGUACUCCCUUCGCAUCUUCAUGGGCUUUGUUGCUUUGGGGCUCAUAGUGGCAGCCUGCUUCGGCAUCUUCGCGGCCACAGUUUUCAGUCAGGGCAAGAGUGGUCAGAGUGGGAUUCUGGGUUUGAUUUUUGAGUAUCUGCCCUCCAUUGUGAUCACCGCUGGUAACUUCCUGGUGCCGUUACUCUGUGACCAGAUCGCCCUGCUUGAGCGAUACCCACCCAGCACCACAGUCAUACUGGCCCUCUUGAGGGCAGUGUUCUUGCGCUUGGUGAGUUUGGGAGUUCUGCUGUUCACCCUGUGGGGUCAGAUCACAUGCCAGGUGGACAGGAACAAGUGUGACGUGUGCCAGUACAACCACGAGGAGUACCCUUGCUGGGAAACACGAAUAGGACAGGAAAUGUACAAGUUGACGCUUUUUGACCUCAUUGUUACCAUCGCCGUACUCGCGUUGGUCGAGUUUCCACGCAGGAUGGUGGUGGACAACUGGUCCAACAUGCUGACUCGGUGGGUGGGUCGGCAGGAGUUUGUGGUGUCAGCCAACGUGCUGGGCCUGGUGUACGGCCAGACGGUGGUCUGGAUGGGGGCUCUUUUCUGCCCCCUGCUGCCUGUUAUCAAUACAGCCAAGUUUGUCAUCCUCUUCUACUGCAAGAAGGUUACACUGUUCAACAACUGUCGGCCCGCCCACAAGACUUUCCGCUCCACCACCUCCACGUUCGUCUUCCUGGUGGUGCUGCUGUUCGGGUGGGGCAUGGCCACUCUAGUUAUGAUCUACAGUGUGGCUGAGAUCCAACCGUCUAUGGGCUGUGGCCCCUUCCGCUUCUUCCCGUACAUGUGGGCCAUUGUUCCGAUGUCUUUCGAACGCCUCUCAGGAGUCACGCAGGAGUUUCUCUUCUUCAUUGGUUCCCAGGCCUUCUCCAUCCCUCUGUUUGCCUUGUCUUGCGUAGUGAUGGGUUAUUUCGUCGCCCUGGCUGCUGUUUAUGGAAAAAGUGUUACUUUGCUCAGAGCUCAACUCAAACAGGAGAGCCAUGACAAGCAGUUCUUGGUCAAACAGAUUGAGAAUCUGAGUCGUCAACUUCAGAUACCGACGCGAGACUUUCCGUGACAAACCUUGCUCCAUUGCAGUUUUUCCAUUGCUGUUAGUCUAUUUAUGAUACAAUAUAUAUAUAUAUUAUAUAUUAUAAUGAUAAUGAUAGAAUGAUAUACCUUAUUAUGAUUAUCCCUAAUAAACAUUAUUGUAAUGAUAAACCCUAAUAGACAUUAUUUACAGACUCAAUGAACCAGAUAAUAAAACAAGACAAUACAACAAGAUAUACGGGAAAAAACCAUGUAAAAACAGACUCAUUGUUUUUCCUUCAUAUGUAAGUCAGUUGGAGAAUUUAUGACUGUGGUGAG